CGCACUAUACGGCGCGGUCCGCAUCAUCGAUGGUUGCGCGGCCCGCACACAUCGAUAGUGGCGCUUGACGCCGCUGCUGCGGGGGUCGAACGCGCUCGCGGCGGCGCGCGUCACGCCGCCGCGCUAAAAAUAUACAAUCGCGCCGACGACGAGGCGUUUCGGUACCGCGCACGCACAUCGAUCAUUUGCCACCACCGCCGCCGCCGCCGCCGCCACCGCCGUGCUACCGUUUUCGCCGUCGACGGCGCGGCCGCCGCUUGCAGUGCGACUACGAGUUGUGUGCAUAAUAAUAAUAAUAAUAAUAAUAAUAGUAAUAGUAAUAAUAAUAAUAAUAAUAUCUUUAGGCGACGGAGAGAGACGUCCUACUCUCGAUCCCCGACGACACCGCCGGACAAAACUAACCGAAUACGGGACAAGACCCGCUGCGUGCGUACGCCGACGGACGGACAUCGGCGCGCCGGACGGACGAUUGGCGGCGGUGCAACAGGAGACGACGGCGGCGGCGGGAAACGGACAUGUUAUGCGGCCCGGUAGUCGGGACGACGGUGCAGCAGGCGAGUGUUCGUCGUGUUCGUCGUUAAUAACGUCAUGUACGCGUCAUCGUCGGCCGACAAGUACGGCACCGGCAGGACCGCGACCGCCAAGUCGUACCAUCACCAUCACCUCCAUCACCUACAUCACCACCACGUCGGCACGUCGUCGUCUUCGUCGUCUUCGUCGUCGUCGUACGCGUUGUCGUCCGAGCUGAGCGCCGACCGGCGGUCCAGGGCUUACAGCAGCGCGCCGAGACAGGUGACGCCGGUCCGGUCGACCGCGUCCUCCAGGUUGACGGACAUCAACGGUAAUAUCCGAUCGCUGAGCUUGAGCAAGAGCCUGUCGCCGGCGUCGUCAUUAGGUUCUGCCCGAGGGGAAAUCGGCGGAAAGACCACACUGCUGCAGCUAGGCAACGACAAUAAACGGUAUGACGCAACGAAAAAACGUUUGGACGCGUUCUACAACAGCAGAUCGCCGUCGUCGUUGCUGAACAAAUCGUACAAUUACAAGUCCGGCAACUUGUCGUACUUCGAAAAGUACAACAAACAGCAGUACCAGCAAGACUCCCCUCCGCCCAACGAACCGUUACAGCAAUCCAAAUAUGUCAACAUGAACAGGACAAACUACGGCGGCAUCACUGACAACGGAGCGGUGCAUCCGGAGUCGUCGUCGUCGUCAUCGGCGUACAGGUCGGUGGCCGAUUCGAAAAAGGGGGUGGUCGGCAUCCGGAACAUAGGGAACACGUGUUACAUGAACUCGGUGCUACAGUGCCUAAGCAACACCAAGAGGCUGACGGACAGCGUACUGGACGACGUGGACGGGGCCGACGGCAAGCUGAUCCGGGUGUACCGAGACCUCCUGUCCCGGAUCUGGACCGCCGCCGACAGCCAUCCGGUGGACACCACCGCGUUUAAAUCGGCGUUCCAGCGGUUGUCCCCGCGGUUUGCCGGCUACGAGCAGCAGGACGCCCAGGAGUUCCUGCGGCUGUUGCUCGACCGACUGCACAUGGACGUCAACAGGGUGAAGGUCAAGCCCCGCGCCAUGCCGGACGUGGACGAAACGCUCAAGGACAACGCGCUGGCCAUCGAGUUCUGGCAGAGGUACCUAGCCACGGACAACAGUACCGUGGUCGACCUGUUCGCCGGACAGCUCAAGUCCACGCUCGAGUGUUCUACGUGUGGCCACAAGAGUAUCACAUUCGAGGUGUUUUGGGACGUGUCGUUGCCACUGCCGUCCAGCGGCUCGGCUAACAUAGUGUCCAUCAACGACCUGCUGCACAACUUCACGCAGGAAGAGGUGUUGGACUUCCGCGAACGGCCCCGGUGCAGCGUGUGCAAGGUGGACAGAAAGAUGUUCAAGUCGUACCGGUUCCAGCGGUUGCCCAGGUACCUGGUGCUGCACCUCAAGCGUUUCCAGGGAACGCAAUCGUACAAGAAGAUCACGUCGCUGGUGGCGUUCCCGUCCGUGUCACUGGACAUGAGCCCGUACGUGUCCGGCACGGCCCGGAGCAUACAGCCGCAAGGCUGCAAGUACAACCUGUACGCGGUGUCCAACCACACGGGCACGCCGAUCGCCGGACACUACACCGCCAUGUGCAAGCACCCGGUCACCGGUGACUGGAACUUCUUCAACGACAGUUCCGUCUCCCGGAUUACGUCGUCCGCGAAACUCAUAAGCAACGAGGCGUAUAUACUGUUUUACGAGGCCGCGAAUUAUUAAUUAGCCGAUGAAAUCAGGUUUAUAAAUUGUUCUUUUUAUUUAAUUUUUUUUUUUUUUCUUGAUAUCCGUCCAUGGAUCGAGGCUUGAUGACAUGACACCAUGCAUAUACUUAUUAUGUAUAUCAAUAAGUACUUACCUUUAUCAUUUUAUUAUAUACCUACCUAACUGUUUUCGCGAACGACCUUUCAAUUUUGUACGAAACUUUGCUAUACACCAUACUUGCAUGUACGUUAGAGUACAAUAAUAUGAAUUUAUUAUUUA